UGUGCGCGCGCGCGCGCGCGUGUGUGUGUGUCUGGCGGCUGGCCAGUGAUUUCCCAUAAACCACAUGCCCCACAAGCCCGCCCGCUUAAAAGGCUGUGCCGAGGGCUGGCCAGUGAAGCUCGGCUGGGGGAAAGUGAAAGUUUGCCUGGGUCUCCUCGGCGCCGCCGCUGCUCUCUGCAUCCCGGGACAGCGGCGCAGCCGGGGCCGGGGCGCAGGCUCCGUAGCGACCGGCGAGCAAGCGAGCGAGCUAGCAGACGAACCAGAGUGGCCGACACGCCGGGCCAGGACCCAGCUGCCCGUAUGACCUCGCGGGGCGCCGUGGGGCGCUGCCCUUCCUCGUCAUGGCUGGGCCCCCAGCUACUGCUGGUCUGUCUCCUGGUGAGCAGAAGUAUUGCCAAGGAGGUGUCAGAGCACUGUAGUCACAUGAUUGGGAAUGGACACUUGCAAUUCCUGCAGCAGCUGAUCGACAGCCAAAUGCAGACCUCAUGCCAGAUUGUCUUUGAAUUCGUAGACAAGGAACAGCUGGAUGAUCCUGUUUGCUACCUUAAGAAGGCAUUUUUCCUGGUACAAGAUAUAAUGGAAGACACCAUGCGCUUUAAAGACAAUACCCCCAAUGCCAAUGCAACUGAGCGGCUCCAGGAACUCUCUCUGAGGCUGAAGAGCUGCUUCACCAAGGAUUAUGAUGAGCAGGACAAGGCCUGUGUCCGAACUUUUCGUGAGACUCCUCUCCAGAUGCUGGAGAAGAUCAAGAAUAUCUUUAAUGAAACAAAGAAUCUCCUUGAAAAGGACUGGAAUAUUUUCAGCAAGAACUGCAACAAUAGCUUUGCUAAGUGCUCUAGCCAAGGUGUGGUGACCAAGCCUGAUUGCAACUGCCUGUACCCCAAAGCCAUGCCUAGCAGUGACCUGGCCUCUGCCUCCCCUCAGCAGCCCCUCGCCCCCUCCAUGGCCCCUAUGGCUGGCUUGGCUUGGGAUGAUUCUCAGGGGAUAGAGGGCAACUCCCUCUUGUCCAGUGAGCAGCCUCUUCGCACAGAGGACCCAGGCAAUACCAAGCAGCGACCACCCAGGAGCACCUGCCAGAGCCUCGAGUCACAGGAGACCCCAAGUCACAAGGACAGCCUCACUGAGGGUUCACCACAGCCUUACCCUUCUGUGGGGGGCCCCAUCCCUGGGGUGGAGGACAUUCUCGAAUCUGUAGUAGGCACUAACUGGGCCCUAGAAGAGGCCUCUGGAGAGGCCAGUGAGGGUCUUUUGCCACAGGAGGUAAAGCCUUCCCCCUCCAAGCCAGUAGGGGGCAGUAUCCAGGCAGAGACAACCAGAUCCAGUGACCUAUCAGCAUCUUCUCCACUCCCUGCAUCAGCAGAGGACAAACAGCCAACGGAUGUGCCAGGCACCCCCUUCGCAGAGGCGGACCCCAUGAAACUCACUGGCCAGACCCAGAAUCACACUCCUGAGAAGAAAGACAGUUCAUCUACUCUGCUUAGAGAGCACCAGGAGCCAGGCUUUCCUCACACUGCAGCACAGAGUCCCCAAGGCCUCAGCAACCUGGCCACCCUCUCUGCUCAGCCACUGUUCCCCAGAAGCCACUCAUGGGGCAUUGUCCUGCCCCUCAGGGAACUGGAGGGCAAGAGGAGCUUCAGGGAUCGGAGAAGCCUGGCAGAGCUGGAAGAAGGACCAGCAAGUGAGGGGGCAGCCAGGCCUCUGGCCCAUUUUAACUCCAUUCCUUUGACUGACACAGGCCAUCAGGCGAAUCCCAUGGGAUCCAUCGACCCCCAGCUCCCUGGAUUUGUCUUCCAUCUGCUGGUGCCCAGCAUCAUCCUGGUCUUGCUAGCGGUCGGGGGUCUCCUGUUCUACAGGUGGAAGUGGAGGAGCCAUCGAGAGCCUCAGACAUCGGAUUCUUCUGUGGGGCAGCCAGAGGGCAGCCUCCUGACCCAGGAUGAGGACAGACAAAUGGAACUGCCUGUAUAGAGAGGACUCCAAGCUGGGCACACAGGACUAUCUCUCCAUAGAAAGAGACGUUAAUGGGCGUGUCCACCACCACCAUCCCCAGCCAUCCUUCUGGGAAUGUGGCCUGCCACUACCAGAACUCCCGCCUACCAGGACUGGAUCAGAGCAGGCCUGCUGGGGUCAAUCCACCUUGAUCCUUAGACCCUCAACUAACUGAGAGAGGGCUGGAGGAUGCCCCCCACACCGCCACUAUUUAUUGUGGGCCCUGGAGGCUCCCUAUAAUCGAAGAAGGCUGGCCAGCCAGCUCAGGACCCUCUCCCUCAGGGGCUGCACCCACCUCUUCGAUCCAAGCCAGAACCUGGCAAGGGCCCCACAGGCCUGUAUGGCCACUUGGAGACCAGGGUGAACAAUAAGGAGCAGAAGAGCCCUAUGCCCAGAAGACCUGUCUGGUGCCAAGGAAUCCCAACACAGACAGGCAGGGACCUGUUUCUGUAGAGGAGGGCCUAAGAUUUGCAGGGCGGGACUGCACAGGCCUGAUUUCCAGGAAAGGCAUAAAGGUGAACAGCGCAAAAGACAAGUGGAGGCUUUUGGCUGUUUGUGCUGACAGCUUAAAGGGGUCUGUCUACACCCUCAACUUGCCUAACUGUCCUCUGCUAGCCAGACAGCAAGAGGAGGCCAGCCCUGCCCUCAGGACCUGCCUGACCUGGUUCAUGAUGCCAAGAGGAGGACGAAGCUCUGGCCUAGGCUCCUCCUUCCCACCAGCCCCUGCCAGAGUUCCUCUGAGAGGCCCUGCAGAGGUGCCCCUCAUGAAGGAAGCCAUUGCACUGUGAAUACUGAACCUGCCUGCUGAACAACCUGACCUGUCCAUUCCCAUGAGUGACCAUCCGUCCGAAUGUCCUCCCGCCCCCUAUGUCAUCCUCUCCUCAGCUUCCUGCAAUGAGCUGGACUCACCUGUCGACUGAGGGAGCCCCUAAGCCCUGACCUUCUCCUGCCCCAGCCUUUGACUUCCCAGGGUGGAGCUGUGGGAGAGCUGUCCUAGUCCACCAGCCUGAGCAGGUCUUGAGGCUGUGUUGUUCACCCAGGUUUCUGCAUCUUGCACUUUGACAUUCCCAGGAGGGAAGUGACUAGUGGGAGGGAGAAAGGGGGUAGAGGGGAAGCAGAGGCAGAGAGGCCACAGGAAGAGCCCCGUGAAAAUGGGUCUUGAUAAUAAUGUGUAUGUCCCUAAAGUUGAGGUUGGUGGCUAUACCCCCAACCCCUCAGUCCAGUCCUCUUCUUCUGUUGCCUACAGCCUGGGGCUAAGCAGGUUAUCCAGUCAGGAGCUCUGGGGGCUGGGCUGUAUUUCAGCCCCAGAUGUACAUCUCCAGCUCCCAUCUGGUCUUUUUUCUCUAGACCUGACCCUGGUAGGCAGUGAUACCCUCCCAGUCUCACCCACCCCACUCUGCCAUCUCUGGCCAAGCAAGCCAGUGCUAAAGAGGGAUCAAGAGAUAGGUUGUCUGCUUCCAACUCUGCUCUGAGGGCCUCUGCUCCCUGGGCCAGGCCUGUCUGUGACUCUGAGACCUGGGUCUGGAUACAAGGCUGUCACUUGACCCUUGAUCUUUUUAUGCUGCUGCGUCCCUCCUUUCUUGCCCUGGCUACUGGGCCUACAACCUUUCUGACCAGAGAGACUGCGGGUCUGCAGGUCCCCCCAAGCCCUGUCCUGAGAUGGUUGAGGGGAAGGGCAGUGGAGAACUUUCUUAUGGGCUUAUCCUUCUAGACACAGACUAUAUUCCAUGCUAAAAUAAAUAAAUAAAUAAAUACGUAUUUAAAAAUAGAAGGAAAAACACAGAAAAAAAAAAGGCAUUCUUCCCUUACCCCUCCACCUUAAACAUAUAGUAUUAAAGUCAGUCUAGCAAAUCAACCCAUUGCAAGAAGCUCUUUGUGGGUGCCUGGUGACAUCAGAGCAGGAGGAGCCCCAAAUCCACCUCUGGGUGCCUCCCUGGCACAGGAACCCCUUCUUUCCUCUGAGAAAGCCCAGAGGGAACAUGGGCUCACAAACUGUGAGACUGCGUUUUUAUACUUGGAAGUGGUGAAUUAUUUUAUAUAAGUCAUUUAAA